CAAAAACAAGUAAUGACUGGGCCGCCUGUAUUUUGUAACUAUAUAUCCAACACUGUAAGUCCUAGACAAAUACACACUACUGUGAAUUCACAGAGCCCUGUUAACAACUGAGACUCAGUGCUUGGAUAGACAUUGGCCCCCUGUGCACUGAACAGCACAACACACUAAAAUUUACAGUUAGGAGGCAUAUUAUGAGCUGUAGAGCACAGAGAAAUAUGGAAAGAUUUGUUCAAGGUGUUUGGAAGGUUUUGAUGAAACCCAUUACAGUUUUAUGAAUGUAACUUCAAAAUGUAUUCCCAGAGGGUGAAAAUAGGGCAGCACCAAAUAGAAAGAAGGAAGGAAGGAAGGAAGGAAGGAAGGAAGGAAGGAAGGAAGGAAGGAAGGAUAUAUUACAACAGGCAUACAACAGGCAUCGACCCUCCAGAUGUUUAAGACUACAACUCUCAUCAUCCCUAGCUAACAGGACCAGUGGUCAGGGGUGAUGGGAGUUGUAGUCCCAAAACAUCUGGAGAGCCGAGUUUGCCUAUGCCUGAAUUUCAAGAAGAACUCAACCAUUUGUAUUCUUGUGUUGCUGAGGAAGACUUCCACUGAAACACGCUGGGCAAGUAACUAUUGAUAUGAUCACAUUUCUCUGAGCAGCGAGAUGUUCCAGAGGUGCUGUUCUAUGUUGUUUUCACAAAUCCAUGCAUCUUUAUGCAAACUUUCCCGUAAUCUACAUCUUUGUGUUCAUUUUGUUGUUGUUGGCGAACUGCACCACAAAAUUCAGAGAGGUGUAGUGUUUGAGGGAUCAUUGUGAUUAGGUUUUGGGAAGUGUGGAAUUGGUAAUUUCACAUUUCAACGUGAACCAAAUUCCUCUUCUCUCCCCCCCCCCAGCUUGAAACUUACUCAAUAUUCCCCCUCAUCUUCAUAUUGAAAGAGAACUUCAGUAGCGAUAAGCAAGCGGCUUUUCAGGUAAGCUUGUCCACCAUUGCUGAUCUUCAUACCAAGAAGUACUGACUGGAUAGCUCAGUUGGUUAGAGCAUUGUGCUGAUAAUGCCAAGGUUGCAGGUUCGAUCCCCGUAUGGGACAGCUGCAUAUUCCUGCAUUGCUGGGGGUUGGACUAGAUGAUUCUCAGGGUCCCUUCCAACUCUUUGAUUCUAUGAAUCCCCUUCCAAGUCAAGGAAUCACCAGAAUGCAUUCUAAAAGUCGCUGGACCAGUCAGCUGAAUAUUAAUACUGACCCACUCCAUAAAUGCCAGACAGCACAUGAUGCUGAUUGUCCAGACCAGUACUCGAAAUCCUUUCCAGCGAAAUGCAAUUCAGCUAUACUUCUUUUCUUUAAAAAAUGCCCGAUGUUUGGUAGUAAAUAUAUGUUGUGAGAACAGAAACAAAGUAAGAGUAAGGAGAAAUAUUCAGACAGCGGUGAAGCAGUGCCAGACCUCUGGACCUAAAAGGAAUAAUCAGGAAAUAUGACGUCUAUCCUGGUUCUGCUGAUGGUUUCUGUAUUCCCCUUUCAUCUUUCAUUACAGUUCAGCACAUUUCUACUUUCAUUUGCUCUUAGAUGGAUAAUUUCAUACCAGGGAAAGCAAGACGAAGGGAGGGCUUUUUUUUUUUUUUGGCCAGGAAAGGUGUGCAAUGCAAAGAGUUUUCAAUGCGCUCAGGGGCUGUUUAUGCAAGGAGAGGGUUGUUGUUUUUACACAUGUAAAAACAAGGCAAAAUGAUACACUGGUAGUACAUUAUCUGUCUAUGGCAGACACUGCAAUCAUAAUUUUACAUUUCUGUCUCUUUUUCCAAAAGAUCAGCAUAAGAAGGCUCACUAUGCAUUUAAAGCACAUCCAGUGCAGAUUUAAAGCAAAUGAUUGCAAAGGUUGCAGUUCAAUCCCCAUAUGGGACAGCUGCAUAUUCCUGUAUUGCAGGGGGUUGGACUAGAUGAUCCUCAGGGUGUCUUCCAACUCUAUAAUUCUAUGAUUCUCCCCUCCACACAAACAUACUCAAAGAAUCCUGGGAGCUGUAGUUGCCCCUCAUAGAGCUACAACUCCCAACACUCCUGAAAAAACUACAGUUCCCAGAAUUCUUUGGGGCAGUCAUGUGCUUUAAAUGGAUAUUACGUGUGCUUUAAAUGUAUAGGGCAGAUCCACACAUAGCCGUACUAGUAUUUGUUAUUGACAGCUGGUUGUUGUUUUUUAUAGUACUGGAAAACUAACAUGAAGUGUAAUAAUGGUAUUUGGCAAUCCCCAGAGGCAUAUGUUAGCCUGUUGAAGCACAGGCAACAAAGAGUCAUGCCUCAGCACUUAAAAAAAACCAAGUAAUUUCUUAUGGCAUGCACCUUUAUAGACGUUACAGGCUGCAGUUUGCAAAAAUGCCAUAGUAAAUCUCAGUGCUUUAAGUUGCCACAAGAUACAUUAGUUUAUUAUAUUUGACAGUACGUACUGAUCACUGCUGGAAUGCAAUAGUGUACAGCAUGCGACAGAAUAUUGUCAGGUGCAUGCACAGAGCACAUAGGGUAUGGCUGCACAUCACCAUCAAAACCAGAAAUCUUAGGGUACAACCCAUUAUACCUGGGAAGUAAUCUAUUUGACCCCAAUGAGGAUUGCUUCUGUAUAGGUUUUGCAUUGUGUUUAAUUACAGGUUUAAGCUGAUGAAUCAAUUAAGUCUGCAUGCAUGUGAGAUAAAAACCAACAGUUCUACAAAGAAAAGCACCUCUUCUUUGCUUUUAAGGUGAUGCACACCAGUUCACAGCAGGCAUCUUCUUAGAUGAGCUAUUGCCUCCUGGUUGAAAUAGAAGAGGACAUUGCCCUUUUCAGGAUAGCACUGGUUGCAGGGCCAGCCCACUCAUGAGGCAAGGUGAGGUGACUGCCUCAGGUGGCAGUAGGAGCACGAGCUCCUGGGGACACCAGCUCCCCAAUGCCCAAAAAGCAUGGAGGCAUAGCGCACAGCCAACCAUGACAGGGCUCCAGUGGCCAGCUCCUUUUCCUCCUCCUGCAGCAGAGGGAAAAGAGUGUUGACACCAGAAGGAGGCUCAGUGAGAGAGGGGAGGGUAGGUCCGGGCGAUGGACAUGAACAAUGGGGGCGACAGAAGGGUUGCUGGGAAGAAGAGAUGGGGUUGGAGUGGGCAAGAGACGGAAUAGGCUGAGUGCCAGAGGACAUUAUAACUAAGAGACGGAUAACACGGUUUUGAUUUGGACUGUUUAAAGAUGCUGGUCAGGUCGUCCGGAGAAGGGCACCCGGGUGAAGGAGGGUGAUCUUUUGUAUUGAGUUAAAAUAAUAAAUGUUUUUUUUUCUGUUAGAAUUUAUUAGAAAUAGAGAUUUGAGGAGAUUUUUAGGGGAAACAGGAAGCUAAAGGGGAUUAUUAUAGAAUUAAAGUGUGGGGAAUAUAAUUGAUGGGAUUUAAUGUAAUUUGAUAUCAUAAGAAUUUAUUUAAGAUAAUUGAAUUAAUGCAAAGAAUUAGAAAAAUUGCCAAAAUGGGAUAUAAUAUGACCUGGGAAGGACGGAACGGGGAAGUCAAAGUUUAAUACAAUGGUUUAUAUUAGAUGUUUAAUUUUUAUAAAAAUUCUUUUUUCUUUUUUCCUGAUAUUUUUUGCUUUUUUUGUAUGUUUUUUUUCUUUUUUCUUCUUCUCUCUUUUUCUCUUUUGUGCUAAAGAUAUAAAGUGGAUGUGAAGAUAUACUGAUUUGAUUUGUAAUGUUGGAAAAUUCAAUAAAUAUUAUUGUAAAAAAAAAACAAAAAGCAUGGAAGCAUAGCGCACAGCCAACCAUGACAGGGCUCCAGUGGCCAGCUCCUUUUCCUCCUCCUGCAGCAGAGGGAAAAGAGUGUUGACACCAGAAGGAGGUGUCACUGGCCAUUGAAGCCACACAGCCACCACAUUUGGCUCCCCUCCCAGCUCCCCCCCCCCACAACACUGGGACAUUGGGACAUCACACGUGUGACAUUGCCACCCCCCCAAUUGCCCUGGCACCUCUGGAUGACAGGAUCCACAGGGGCAGCAGAUUCCGGUGUAGAUCUUCAUUCCCCGCUUGCUCCUGAUCUAGAUCUUCACUCACUCCUUCCCUGGCGAGAGAGGAGGGAUGCCAUUUUGUGGUUCACCUCAGGUGCCAAAAUGUCUUGGGCCAGCCCUAACUGGCUGUGUCUGCAGUUUUUGAAAACGUGAGUUUUAAAAAUAAUUGCAUUAGAAAAACAAAAACCUGCUGACCAAUUAAUCAGAGGUAUGUUUUUAGUAGAUUAAAGUGUUUUUAAUCCAAUGAACUAAUCAAUUAUAUGCCGUAGGGCUGAACUCAUUAUUUACCCAUUGUGAACAGGGACUAUUCCAAAGUCCCUGUUCAUUCAGCAUCCAUCUGUAAUUGCAGAUCCAUCUGUAAUUGCAUACAGCACUGGUGAAAAUCACUUGUUUUUCAUUCAGGAAAAACAAACCAUGAACCCGGGUUUGGACAUACCACCCAGCCAGACCAUGGUUUGUUUCCCAGCAGUGUGGUAGCAGCAGGAGUGGGGCAAGAAGAUAGUGCCCACAAUUUCAGCAGCUUAUGCCACCAUGCUAAAGGUUAUCAUUUAAACCAUUUUCUAUAUAUAUAUAUAAUGUAAACUGGGUAUGUUCCUUCGUCUCCAAUGUUCAACAAAACCGCUUGACCAAUACCGUUGAAAUUGGGACACAAAGUCAAAUGUGACUACCCAAGUGACCCUAUGCCGUUUUCAAAGACAGAUGUGUCACCUACGCCAGGCAAACUCCCCCAAACCCCAUGUUUCAGAACACACAAAUCAUUCAAAAGUGCAUGCUGGGAGCACAAGAGAGAUUCCGCAACAUCGCCCUCUAGCGAUGGCUAUACUGGUACUACAUCUGGAAAAGCUUCACUCUCUACUGUAUCUCGGCUCGGCUACGCAGUCUAGGCCGCUUUCAAGACUAGGCCGAGUGGAGGUGGGGGCUUGCCUAGGUGGGGGCUGGGGGAGGAGGGGGCGGGAUAGGUAAUGGGUCGGAACAGGGUGGGGGGAGUCACAGGGAUACGCCUGUGUAAACAUAACACAUGUAAAACAGGGGCACUCUGAAGGUGAGGGGGGUCUGAAGGAGGACUCUGAGGCUCCAUUUAACAGCCUGAGCCACGGCAAUGCGUGGCAGAGCCAGCUAGUAGUUUAAUAUAACUAUGGUUUAAAGUGAUGCGUGAAUAAGGCCAUUGGGCUGCAUAUGCUUAUAUGGAUGGAUGCACAUAUAGCAGUACAUAUUAUUUACUAUGCCUUACUAGCUUGAUAUGUAAAUUAUUUGAUUUCUGUAAAGCAGUGCUUUCUCAAAGCUUCUUUUUCCCAAUGCAAUUCACGAACCCUCUUUCGAUGCAAGUUUAACUAUUAUUUGAAUAUGGUCAUGUACCUUCUUGAUGUUGCUGUUCCAAGGCUACAUUUCUACAUCCAUUUACCUGGGAGUAGGGAUGGAGGAGAAAUUCAAUCUUGUUUGCAUUGCACAAAAUUUGCAUUUCUCAAGGCAAUACAUGAACCAAAAUGCACCUGUCCCCCAGGUUUUAGCCAUCCUUUGAAAUUUGUACUUCUGUGAAGUUUGCAAUGCAGUUCUCCGGUCAAGUAAUGUGUACACACCAAAAUGUACACACAAGGAUAAUGUGUGCAUAAAAUACAAAUAUUAGAAAAUAACAUACAAAAAUGCAUUAUACAAGGGGAAAUUGGUUGCAAAAAUAUGCACACUAACAAAACUGGCAUACAAAACUGUGUUUAAUAGGAGAAAUUCACACUAAAAUGCUGACAAUUUUUCAUAAAGAUCUGAAAAAUAAAACCUCACAAAGUACUGCAGAAAUAUGAAGAACUCAGUUUAAGAUUAGGAAAAUGAGAAAAUGAGAGAAAGCAGAAAGGACAGCUUUGUCCAUCCCUAUCCAGGAAUAAGCUCCACUGAACCCAAAGGGACUUACUGCUGAGAAGACAUGUAUAGGAUUGCACUGUAAGCUUUUCCUCCCCAUGACUUGUUAUUAAACAUAAUAAGAGACUUUGAGAUUUGGCAGCUCCUGUAAUAACAUAUGCAAGACCUUUUUACAGUAUCAACUGCCUGGCUGAAGCCUAGAGUGACGUCAAAUGUCUCACGAGCACUGAUUGGCUCCAACCUUGCAAAAACAACAUUUAAAUGUUGCCCUACAGGUGAUUUUAGAAUGGAGAGCAAAUUGCUUCGAUUUUCAGUCUUAAGUUGUUUCCCCCCCUCAUCCCAUCUCAGGAUCCCAAGAAUGCUUCCCCACAUUUAAGAGGUAAUUCUAUUUCAUAUGACUAUAUGACUCCCCUUUAUUUUGAUUUUUUUGAAAUUCGGGUUUUGCUUUGCUAAAGAGCAUAAUGGUUGAUUAAUUGAACAAGGAACAACAAGCAAUCAAUGACCGUGUUAUGUAUUAUUUGAUGUGUCAUUUUUUACAUUACUUUGCAAAUACUGUGCAGCAAAAUAGAUAUUGCUUUAGAUUUAAAAUCACCAUAAUAAUCACAGAACAGUCAUAUCAGAGUUAUGUGACAAGUCCCGCUGAUUCCCAUGGGAGAGAUUUAAACAUCCAUCCAUGGGACCUACUAAUUUAGGAAUAAAUCCAAUUGAACUCAGUAGGGCAUACUUCUGUGUAGACAGGCAUAGGUUUGCACUGUAAAUCAAUGUGAACAACAUGCAAUUGGGGCUAUCUAAAAGCGAAAAUUCUCAGGUAUGGCUUUUGCCAUGCUUCUUUUGCUGUAUCAACUUUGUAAAUGUCAGUAAUUCAGCUUUUUAUUUAAACUGCUUGAGAACAAGGAUGGCUGGUGAUGUGAUGUUUCUUGGGAUUUUGUUGUAAUGUAUAUUCCCAAUGUCUAUUGUGUAUGAUGCAAAAUAUUUAGAUUUUUUCCCCACUGUGUUUUGAGAUUUGCAACUGUUUUAAAAUAUUAAUAAAGCUGGUUACUUCUAUCUAUAUGGUACAGUGGUACCUCGGGUUACAAACACCUCGGGUUACAGACUCCGCUAACCUGGAAGUAGUACCUCAGGUUAAGAACUUUACCUCAGAAUGAGAACAGAAAUUGCGCAGCGGUGGCGGGAGGCCUCAUUAGCUAAAGUGGUACCUCAGGUUAAGAACAGUUUCAGGUUAAGAACGGACUUCCAGAAUGAAUUAAGUUCAUAACCAGAGGUACCACUGUAAUGCGUUCAUUUUUUAACCUAAAAGAUGGAGUUGUCCACAGUAGCAGAUCUGAUGUGGACAGAUCUGGGGGUAAAUGUGCAUAAAUGUUAAUCUCUUCUGCGUGAUUUGUAGAUUUUGCAAUGUUCUACUUAGGCAAGAUCUCUUAGGCUCGCAGACCAGAGAGGUGAAACUUCUCCUCCAGCUAUGGACUUAUUUUCUCCUUGGGGCAGGGUGUGGGGUGUGAACAGUGCCAUAUUUACAUAUAAGCUAAACAAGCUAUAGCUUAGGGCCCCACUCUCUUGUCCUUCCAAAUAUACUUCUUCUUAAUUGUAUUUCAGUUCAACAAUUACUUUGAUAAAAUAUAUACAGUGGUAUCUCUACUUACGAAUUUAAUGCGUUCUGAACGCACAUUCAUAAGUAGAAAAAAAUUGUAAGUCGAAUCCCAUAGGAAUGCAUUGGGAGAAAAAAUUCAUAAGUCAAAGCAACCCUAUCUAAAAAUUCGUAAGUAGAAAAAAUCCUAUCUAAACCGCAUCCAAGAUGGCGGGCGGAGCUCCGUUCGUAAGUAGAAACAUUCGUAAGUAGAGGUACCACUGUAUUUUGUUAUGUGCAAAUGGCUUUAGAUACCUAUUACAGUGGGACCUUGGUUUACAACCAUAAUUCGUUCCGGAGGUCCGGUUGUAAACCAAAACAGGUUGUAACCCAAGGCAUGCUUUCACCAAUUGGGCCUCAAAAAGGGGGUGUGUGUAAUAAUAAAAAAGGUUGUAAUCCCCCCAAAAGGGGCACGCACUUCCAGGUUUGACGUGGUUAUCAUCCAAAAUGGUUGCAAUCCAAAACAGUUGGAAACCAAGGUACCACUGUAGGUCUAUAAAUUACCAUAUAGCACAUAUUCAAUACAAAAAAAGUGGCAAUUUGUUGUUGACAAAGGACAGAUGGACGUAUAAAGGACCCCAGUAGCUUAGGGCCUCAUCAAACCUAAAUCCGGCCCUGGGUGUGAGGCAUCAUAACUUCCUGUGCCUCUUCUGGGAAUACAGUGGACGCUCGGGUUGCGAACGUGAUGCUUGUGGGAGGCACGUUCGCAACCCGCAGUGUUUGCAACCCAUGUCUGUGCAUCUGUGCACGCAUGGGUCGUGAUUCGGCACUUCUGCGCAUGCGUAAAGCGUGAUCUAGUGCUUCUGUGCAUGCGCAUGUGCCAAAACCUGGAAGUAACCCGUUCCGGUACUUCUGGGUUUGGCGCUGAGUGCAACCCAAAAAAGCACAACCUGAAGUGGCUGUAACCCAAGCUAUGACUGUAUAUUUAUCAAACACUGUAUAGUCUUAUAUACCUGCUACAUCCAGGUAACAAGUGCAUUUACCUGAAUGGAAUCAAACCAAUGAAAACACAUGGAUCACAUGACACAGACUCAAGAGACUCAGAGUGCCCAGAGUGGCUGGGGCAACCAGUCAGAUGGAUGGGGUACAAAUAAUAACCAUUAUUUGGAGGAGGCAACCAUCAAUUGGCUGAAAAUGCCAUUUCAGAAAGGGUAAAAAGACCCCAAAAAAAUUAAACAAAUUAUGAAAUUAUGAACUGGGUAUCGGCCACUGAAGGCGCCUGGGUGAGAGAGCUUCAGUUGGUCCUCUAGAUGACAACUCCAAGGCAAGAGAAGUGUGUGGUGACAGACGGGCCGCUGUGGAGAUUCGGCUUUCUUGGCAGUCCACUUUAUGGAAUGGGGGAGGGACUUGGGCCACCACCCUCAGCCCUCCUUCCUAUGGCUUAGUUCUGUCAUUACUGGGAUUUUUAAAAAUCUGUAUUGUUGCUUUAUACUGUACUACUAUGUUGCACAUUUUGAAACAGUAUACCACCAUGGGGACAGAAAGGAAAUUCGUAAAUUACUGAUAUAACUAGUAAACAGCCAACCAUGGUUGAAAUGAGUUAUUAUGCUACACACAUAUGAGUUCAGAGCAGCUUAAAAUUGUUUGGGUCAACUCAGCCCGCACUCUAGAAUGUGUGCACUCAUGCAUGAGAGAGUAUGUCUUAUAUGUGGCACAAUAAAGUUAAUUCAGGAGGGAUUCCACACACAUGGGGAAGGAGAUAGAACUACCUAAACCCCUGCCAGGUCCAUGACAGUCAGUGGGGAAAGAGUUGGGUGUAUUCUUUCCCCCCUUCCUUCCCAGUAUAACUUUAUUGACACCCCCCCGUUGCUUUCAGCAGGAGGGAAAAUACCCAUUCCAGCUGCAAGCCAGAGGAGUAAUGGUGGUGUACCUUUCUGCUACCCCAAUGAGGCACUUUCCACUAACAGGGAGGGAAAUUCACAGGAUCAAGUAGCCCCACGGUAGACAGUCUGGAAAGAUACAACUGCUCCCUAAAGCAUUAUUUAGCAGAGCCCUGUUGCAGUGGUGGGGGAACAUCUGGCCCUCCAGAUGUUGUUGCAGCCCCAGCUUGCAUGGCCAAUUGCAUGCUGCAGAGGAAAUUUGGGGCACACAACUCUCGGGGUCUCGCAGGUGGCUCUAACGAGCGCUUUUUGGGGGGCCGUGCUCUCGUGAGAGCCAAAGCGGGACAUCCCAGGAUCCAGUCAGAGACUGGGAUGGCUUCUGUAAUUCUGAGAUGUCCCGUUGAGGGGUAUGUAAUAAGUAAGGGUGGCAGGAAUUGGAGUCCAUCAUCACCUGGAGGUUCACGGCUUCCCCACCCCUGUCCUCAGCAAUUAUAUAAAAAAAUAACUGUCCCACGUUUCUCUCAGGUGUCAUUUGUGGGAUGUCUUCUUACGCAGUGCAGUUCUGAGGCUCCAUGGUAAAGGAGACGACGUUUCCAAGACAUAGUCAACAUCAGGUAUGCCUGGAGCUCUUUGCUGAGGUAUGCCAAAAUCUGUUCCUGCUUCACUUCCAACUAUUCUAUCUUAGAACUAGGCUAUGUCAGUCUUCUGUAACCUGGUGUCUUAAAGGUAAAGGUAAAGGGACCCCUGACCAUUAGGUCCAGUCGUGACCGACUCUGGGGUUGCAGCGCUCAUCUCACUUUAUUGGCCGAGGGAGUCGGUGUACAGCUUCCAGGUCAUGUGGCCAGCAAGACAAAACCGCUUCUGGUGAACCAGAGCAGCACACGGAAAUGCCGUUUACCUUCCCGCUAUGACGUGCUUUCGAACUGCUAGGUUGGCAGGAGCUGGGACCGAGCAACGGGAGCGGGGAUUUGAACCGCUGACCUUCUGAUCAGGAAGCCCUAGGCUCAGUGGUUUUACCCACAGCGCCACCCGCUGUGGUGUCUUACCACCUGGUGUCUUACCAUCUGCCUGUUAGGUAGGUUUGUACUAACAUGCAGGCCACACAAAUUUCUCCUCCAUCCCUAGUCAUGUAACCAGAAUGAAGACUAGGCUGUUGCCUUGCAGUAAAGAACACCUGAAGAUACCCACUCUUGAAAUUCUUACAUGAUAUAAGCAAGCCAGUGUGCUAAAAUGAAUGGCCCAAUACCUCUAUAUGUGAUGGACUGUUGAUUGUGUGUAUGUUUUUUUAUAGGCUGGAAAAGGUGAAGGAUGAAGCUAACCCUCCUGUAUCUUUGCCUCAUGGGCACAGCUUGGGCCGUGUUGCUGCGCAAACCCCGUAAGGCAGGAUUUGGAAGUAAGAGUGAAGAAAUGAUGCAGUUUGGUCCCUAUGGCUACAUGAAUUCACCACAACUGGCUCAUUUGGCAGCUUCGUUAUAUGGCUACCGCUCGGGUUUCCCGCAGAUGUUCCCCCAGCAGCCUAUAUUGCCCCAGCAGAGAUUUUUCCUCUGGCCGCAGCAGACACCAGUGCAUCAAAUCGCCAGGCUGCCCCCACGCAAGCCUCACCAAACUCCAGUGGCCAGGCAGCCAAACAUCAGGCAGCAGCCAAGACCACAGUUAAAACCACAAUUACAGCAGCCACCAAAGCAGCCUCAAAAUACCCACCCUUCUCAGACCCACCAACAAGUGCUGGUUCAUCAACCCCAAAGGGGGAAGCAGCAACAGCCUCAGGCAUUCCCACCACAGCAACAAUAUCCUUGGCAAUAUCCUCAGAUGUUUGGUCAUGGAGGCUUCCAACAGCAACCAUUUGGUCCAUAUCAGGGACGUAUGCCAUUUCGACAGCCACCUGCCAGCAAUGAAGAAGGGACCCCCUAUUAUGGAUAUGGCUACCUUGGGAUGGGAGGCAGACCUCCGUAUUCUGAAGAGAUGCUUGAGCAAGACUUUGAGGAGGCAAAAGAACAUGAAGCCCCGAGCCCAACAGCUGAUCCUGCAACCAACUCAACGGUCUUGGAAACAAAUUCAACCAUCUCUAAUCAACCAAGCCAGGCAGCAAAUGGCACUGCUUCUGGGCUCAGUUCAGUGGGCAAUGGGGCUAAUUCGCCAGGCCUUGAGAGGAACUUGCUCAGUGGAAACGGGAACCCAACACCGUCACCCACGGCUCAUGUGUCAGUAAGAAACGGAGCAACAUGGAAUGGCAUUGAUCCCUCAAGUCAAAGGCCUCCAUCUCCAGAUGUCAAUGCCAUUCAAAGCUUUCCUUCAGGGGCCCAACAACCACCAGGGUAUGGUGCACAUGUCUAUAAGCCCCUACCAGAUAUGGGAGAUACAAGGCACAAUGCUUUGAUUUCUAGAGGAGACCCCUCUACCCAAACUAAAAACCCAACAAAUUCCUUGACUUAUGGAGAAUACUCUAACCACAGAGGCAAUCUCCGGAAUACAAACACCAACCCUCCCUCAAUGAACAAUAGACCUAACUUAUAUGAGCAACAAGGGCAACCCCAUUAUCUUGAAAGGAACCCAUCAGGUCAAAGAGAAAGAGUGCCUUUUCCUAUUUCUGAUCCACAAGGCCAGUGGGAUAAAGUUCCAGUCUACAGGGAUAAUGGUCUAAAUCAUUCCCCAUCUGAAGGCCGUUCCCUGGAUCCACAGUUUAAUACAGUAGGACGCACUGAGGAUGUCUACAUUGAAAGAGAAAACACUGAACGGCAUCAGCCUUCUGGAAUGCACCGAACAAGCACAUUUUCCCACCAGGGAGCAUUCUCAGCCACAAGCAGAACUCCAUUUGAAACAGAAGCCCAGCAGUAUGAGUGGAAGGAGAAGCCCUUUAUUCAUCCAGAUCGUGAAAGAGAACAAUUUCAAUCUUCACAAAACCGGAGGUGGAACAACCAAGAAGAUCCACAGGUCUUCCGAGAUGCUCCUCCCAGGUAUAACUCGAUGUAUUCAUCUGGUUCUUUUCAACGAACGGGACAUGCCGCUUACUCUGAAAGGGAUCUCAAUGGCCAACAAACCUAUUCCUUUUAUCCCAGAGGAUGGGAGGAUAGAGAACAUUCACCCACAACGAGCCCAGCAAACCAAAGAGAAAGUCCACCAUAUUCUCCAGAUUUGCCUUCAAAUCAGAUGCAAAGAAACACCUAUCACAGAAACGUUCUGCAGGAGCGUGAGCCGUAUCCCAGGCAAAACCCAUGGACCCAAGAAAAACAGGUGCUUGACCUUGGCAGAGACUACAGAAACCCUCCAUUCAAUCCAACUCAACACCAUGCAUAUCCAAAAUAUUCUAUGGAGAAUCCAGCCAAUCAAAGAAGUAAGUUGCCAUAUGAGGAAAUUAACCAGUGGACUCCAGAAGAACAUUCUCCAGUUCGUGGCGCAGAACACUUGAAGCAAACAGAAAACACCCCAUAUCGCAUGAACAAUGCAUUCGGACCAAGAGAAAGGAAUUUGGAGAACCGAGCACCACAUUCUCCAUUACAAAGCAGCACUCUCCUCCAAAGCAGACCACAGUAUCCUGAAAGAGAUGUUUGGGUCCCCCAAAUGGUGGACCCAUCUGCUCCAAAAGAAACGUCACCCUACUUUAAUACCUACCCCACAGACUUCAGGAAAAACCCAGCGCAUGCUGAAGACACGGAGGGAGCCAUGCAUGGGAGAAGACAUCAUUCUGACACACUGAGAUACCCAGGUGACUACCCAAGAGAACCCAGAACUGUCACCUCACACAAGACUGCCAGCCACCUGUGCUGUGCAGGUGACUCCCCAGUGCCAAGAGAGAACUUACUGGCACCACUGCAAAGUGCUCCUCGUUUCCAGUUUGCUUCAUGGGAGCAAAAAGGAAGCUCGACAUAUCCAGAGAGCAACCACGCAAAACAUGCCAGGCAUGCCCCCUACCCAGCUGGCAUUCAAUCAAAUCACAGGGAUACAUCUCUGAAGACUGGGGAAACAAAAUCACAGAGAGAAAACUUCGAUGCAUUUGGAGAGGAAAUAGCAGGCCUACAGAAUGGUCCACCAUGCUCCAAAUCGGACCUAAGAAAACAGAAUGAACCUGAAGCCAACUAUGAAACUGGUCUACCUGCACCUAGGAACACACCUUGUUAUGGAAGCAGCAUCCGAGGCGACGGGCACAACGUCCUUGCUUGGAUUGUGGGGGAAAAUCAGUCCAAAAGAGAAUCUGAAAGGGCAGCUUCUAUGAAGUUUGUUCCUGAAAAUGUACCGCCACCACCUCAAGGGAUCAGAAGUGCAGCUCUUGAUGGUGAAGAUGUUAGGAAAGGAGAACGCGCAGCGCUUGGGUUCAAGGGGACUCCAUGCUUUGGAAGCUGGUUAAAGCAAUAUUUAUCCAGCACGGGAGCUCCAUCUGGUGACCAGCAGCACGAUCAGUUUCAUCCAGAUAACCCAUUGCCCACUAGAAAGCCAAACAUCAUGGUGCCACCUGUACCACAGCCAAUCUCUAGUACUAAUCCAUCUCAUGAUACAGAAGAAGCACCAUCGAAAUUCAGAUCCCCGGGAGAAGAAUUGGCUGAGCAAGCAAAGGAAAGGACGCUGGACUGUUUACUGUUCACAAACAAAUGAAAUGCUAAAGAGCCUCCUUUUUUCCAUGUUUGGAAAACAGCAUCUCUAAAAAAUGACAACGGCAUGCUCAUUCAGAGCACAGAUGCAGGAAAAUGGAACAUACAUAAUUGCAUAAUUACAAAGAGAGGGAAAUAACAGCUGAAUUUUGUAGAUAGUUUGUGCAUGUGCAUAAUGUAGGUCAUUUGGUAUUUGGUUUUUCAGACCUCAGCUGGCAUUUCACCCAUCAACAUUCUAACCUUCAACCUUUCUUCUGGUUUUCUGUAGGACUCAACCAAAAUGGGCUCGCAAAACUCUCUAACCUAAGCUUACCAA